AUGUCUUCUUCUUGGAUAAACCUUGAAAAUUAUCUAAUUCCACUCCAUGAGAUAAAGCGUGCCACCGAAAGCUUCAGUGAGGAAAGAUAUAUCGGAGGUGGUGGAUUUGGUGCUGUCUACAAAGGACAACUCUCUGAACGCUGGCAAUGCCGCACAGCUGCUGUCAAGCGGCUAGGUAGGGAUAGCUAUCAAGGAGAGCGCGAGUUCCACAACGAGCUUGAGAUGAUAUCCAGAUUCCACCACGAAAACAUCAUCUCAUUUAUUGGUUACUGUGAUGAAGGGGUUGAGAUGAUUAUUGUUUAUGAAUAUGCUAUGAUGGGAAGUCUUGAUUAUCAUCUCCGAGACCCAAAUAAGAUGAGAUGCAUAACAUGGGUACAACGCCUGAAGAUUUGCAUAGGGGCGGCAAGAGGACUCGAUUACCUUCACUCCGGCCUUGGGGAAUAUAAUAGAGUAAUACAUAGAGAUGUCAAGAGUGCUAACAUAUUGCUAGAUGAAAAUAUGGUAGCUAAGAUUUGUGAUUUUGGCUUGUCAAAAUUCGGUCCCAGAAAUCAGCCAGAUACCCAACUCCAUACAAAGGUUGCGGGUACCCAGUUUUACUUGGAUCCCGCUUACCAUGAAAACCGCAUCCUCCGGAAAGAAGAGUUUUUUGCAAAAAUGGGUUGA